AUGAACUUGUUUCUCAGUCUCAGCCUCUUGGGACUUGCUACUGCAAGUUCCAGUUCCAAUUCCCUGACCGAUGUUGUUACGCCGCAAAAGGGGGCAAGCUGUGCCUGUAAACGACUGUCACGGACAUUCGACGGGGUUAUCUUCCCCAAGAAUGCCAGCUACACUGAGCAGGCAGCGGACAAAUACUGGGACAUUCGAGCGGAUCUAUCCCCAGCAUGCGUCUUUUUGCCCGCAUCGGCAGAUGAGUAUCCAGGAUCGAACAAUAUCGAUGGCGGAGUUCUCGUGGCCCUUGAAAAGCUGAAUGAUAUUCAAGUUAAAAAGGACACAGUGGAGGUUGGCCCUGGUCUCACCUGGUAUGAUGUUUAUUCAGCCCUUGAACCUCACGGCCGCGUUGCAAUUGGUGGUCGCCUUAAGACGAUCGGUGUCCCUGGACUCAGUCUCAUCGGCGGAUUCCACUACUUCAACAGCAAGUACGGAUAUGCCAUGGAUAACGUCGUGAGCUACGACGUUGUUCUCGGCAACGGAACCCAGAUCACAGCAAAAAAGUCUUCCCACAAGGAUCUAUUCUGGGCGCUGAAAGGCGGUGCCAACAACUAUGGGCUUGUGACGAAGUUCACUCUACGAACCUACGACAUGCCCAAGGUCAGCACCACAAUCCAGGUCUACAAUGAGAGCGGGAUUCCCGAUUUCCUGAACGCAGUGUGUGAUAUGGCUCUUUUGGAUGAGAAGGAUCCUAUUGCUGCGGGAAUGGUUGCAAGCGUGCAGUAUAAUGCUACUACCAAGGUGACAUCUGCUUCGGUGCUUGGUGUCCAAGAGGGCAUCAGCAAGCCUCCCUCUCAAUUCGCGAAUUUCUCUGCUAUUCCUGCUACCACGCGGAUCAACAACGUCACAACUAUGAAGCAGUGGGCGACUGAUCUUGACUCUCCAAAGCAGAUGUUCAGAGUCAUGUUCUCUCACAAGACAAUGAAGCCUGACGCGGAAGUUCUUGUCUCGAUUUACAAGGCCUGGAAAGAUGCCGUGGAUCAGAUUGCUGAUGUUGAGGGCCUUUACCCGACAUUCGUGACCAAUGUUGCUUCCGCCCCGGCCGCUCGCGUGGCACUCACUAACGGAGUUGGAAAUGUGUGGGGCUUGGAAGACACUGGCCAUAUCUUGUGGCAAUUUAGCACUGGCUGGGCCCUUGCUCAAGAUGACCUUCGCAUCGAGGCUUGGUCGAGACAGCUUGCUGAGAGCCUCCAUGCUAUCAAUGUUGAGAAGGGCAUUGCCUCUGAGUUUGUUUAUAUGGGCGAUGCCGGCGAGUGGCAGGACCCAUUUGCUGGGUUCCCGAAGGAAAAUGUUGCUCGGAUGAAGGAGAUCAGAUCCUCUUAUGAUCCCGAGGGCGUCUUCUCUAGACUCAACUGGGGCGGUUUCAAGCUUGGACUUUGA